UGCUGCGACAGGAGCCGUCAUGUCGCUGCGGUUCACCGAUGAGGAGUUCCAGGACGCCUGGAAGGAGCUGGAUGAGCCGCAGCUGGAGGGAGGAUGGGAGCUCUUCACCGAGACGAUGGGAGUCAAAAUCUACCGGCUUUAUGAUAAGGAAACUGGACUUUAUGAGUACAAAGUCUUUGGUGGGCUCACCACCUGCACUCCAGAGCUGUGUGCAGAUGUCUACAUGGACUUGACGUAUCGGAAACAUUGGGAUAACUAUGCAAAAGAACUCUAUGAGAAGGACUUCAAUGGACAGACUGCAAUCUACUGGGAAGUAAAAUACCCAUUUCCUCUGUCAAACAGAGAUUACGUGUACAUGAGGGAGCGGAGAGACCUGGAUGUGGACGGCAGGAAGAUCUGGGUGAUCCUGGCCCGAAGUUCUCCGGAGACGGCGUGUGCAGAGAAGAGCGGCGUGCUGCGGGUCAAAGACUACAAGCAGAGCGUCGCCCUGGAGAGCGAUGGAGCCAGUGGGAGUAAAGUUUUCAUGAAUUACUUCGACAACCCCGGUGGGAUGAUUCCCAACUGGCUGGUGAACUGGGCGGCGAGGACCGGGGUUCCUGGUUUCUUAACGGACAUGCAGAAGGCCUGCAGCAACUACAGCGGCUACCGCCAGAAGAAAUGAACGCAGACAGCCGCUCGCGCUCAAGGGCUCACUUUCAUCCGUCGCGGUUUGGUGCUGGGAGGUGAUCACACUUGAAUCUCCUGCGAGGGGCUGCUGCUUGUCCCUGUGGCAUGCUGUUUACUCAGGCAUGAUGUGCAUGACCGGCCGCCCUCAUUAACAGGCUGGUGUGAAAUCAAUUCCCUUCCAUUGUGCUGUAUUAACUAAUCCUGUGUUGUCUUUCCUGUGCAAUCACUGUAAGCUCCCGUCCCUCCAGGACGAAGGAGCCUCCAUAGAAUAUUUUUUAAGCUUUGUUUAAUGUUUGUACAAAAUACUCAGUUGUACUGUAUUAUUACUUUGGAUCCUGUGUGAUGAAACAAUGAUUAGUUCUUAUUGCAGCUUCCUGCAGAGGAUUUCAUCCCUUCUCCUUGUUUUAAAUUUGUUCACCGUCACAUUUAAUGUGACAGACGUGACGGAAGUUUAAUUAUUGUACGUUUUGUCUACUUCAAUUCACUGGAGUUCUCUCAUUCGUUAUAAUGAAGUGAAAAUCUGCUCUUUUAGAAAUGGUUUAAUCUGGUCAUGACAAGUCUAUUACUGUGUAAUACUGCGGC